AUGGUGGUCACCAGGAGAGGGGUCCACGUGAGCUCCCCGAGUAGAGCCACGAAUACAGCGGACUCCAGCAUCUCCUCUGCGCCACAGGCCACCCCAUCCACUGGCCGAAGAACCCGUAGAACUGCUAACUCUUCAGAGAGCCCCACUCAGACCACUGUGGAGGAGGCCAGCUCUCAGCUGGAGAAACUCUCGCAAGACUGCUUUGUCCAAAACUCUGCCAGGAAAAGAUGUACCAGAGCAUCACGACUGCACAGCCCGGACAAGCCCUGCACCCCAGUGGGCUCCGUGCAUGAAGAGGAGCCCUCAGACAUAGAGUCCUGCUGCUCUGUUGUGUCUGACAUUGUGGCACCUCUGACCCGGAGAAGCACCAGGAAAAAGGUAGAGAAAAAAGAGGAGGAUUUGUCCGAAGUAGAGUCCUGUUCCUCUGUUCGGAGAAGCACCAGGAAGAAGCGGGCUCCCGUUGCCUUGGACUCUGCCAGUGAGGAGACAGAUGAGAAAACCAGGCCAGAUGCUUUGGGCUCUGCCAGUGAGGAGAAAGAUGAGAAAACCAGGCCAGAUGCUUUGGACUCUGCCAGUGAGGAGACAGAUGAGAAAACCAGGGCAGAUGCUUUGGACUCUGCCAGUGAGGAGAAAGAUGAGAAAACCAGGGCAGAUGCUUUGGACUCUGCCAGUGAGGAGAAAGAUGAGAAAACCAGGCCAGAUGCUUUGGACUUUGCCAGUGAGGUGACAGAUGAGAAAACCAGGGCAGAUGCUUUGGACUCUGCCAGUGAGGUGACAGAUGAGAAAACCAGGGCAGAUGCUUUGGACUCUGCCAGUGAGGUGACAGAUGAGAAAAAACAGCCAUCUGAAGUAAUGGCAGGCGAGCAACAGCAGGAGACGACUGAAAAUCUGCUGGAGGAAACUUUAGAGCCUGAAAUGAUGGAAACAGUUGAGCCUCUCAAGAAGGUGUUAACUUCUUCAACAUGCGAUGAUGAGACCACAGAGGAUAAGGAUGAUGUGAUCAUGGUUAAUGCUGAUGCAGACACUUUAGGUGGCAGUGAACAACAAGAUGGCAACGAUGAUGUGGAAAACCCAGAAGGUGAUGCUUUGGUGUCAAAUUCAGAGAAAGGGGAGGUCCAGGCGGGGGUCGACACCGUUACAGAGUUGGCGUGUCAUAUCGAAGAAGAGCAAGAGGAGCCUAUUCAAUGCACAUCAAGUCAACCCACAGCGCAGUUCUCUGAGCAGCCACCUCAGGGCGCUGCAGUCCAAAGUAAGCGUGGGAUCAACCUUUUAGACAGCAGUGAUGAGGAUGACGACUUUGCAGAUGAAAUUGGAGAAAGUUCUGGCGAUGAAGCGGAGGAAAGCGGUGAAGAGUUACUCCAGUCCACGGAGACGAAAGUAACGAAAGCAGCAGAGGGACUUUUUAUGAUUGACACUCGGCCAGGGGAAGACGCAGACGAGCUGUACUACCAGGACAGGCUGAAGGAGCGAGGCCAGGUGGCUGAGGAGGAAGAGGAGGAGUUUUUGGAUGAAGAGGGUGAUGACGAUGACCAUGACGAUGCAGCUGAUGUGCUUUUCUCCAGCAGGGACCCACAAUUCAAAGCGCUGUCCAGCCGUAUUGACCCAGGCCUCAGAAUGAAGCAGCUCGGGGGUUUAUACAUCAGUUUCGAUGGCAGUAAAUCAAAACCUGUCUCCAACUCGCAACAAAAACACAGGGAAAAGAAGAUCCUAGAUGAGGUGAUGAAGAGGAGCGUGAUUGGUCCUGACUUUGAAAAGAAAGACGCUGUGCCUCCUUGCAACGAGACUAAAAAAGCCCUGAAGCUCAAACGCAAAGCAGAGCGGGCGAAGACCACCGGAGAGGCCUGGUUCAACAUGAAGGCCCCCGAGAUCACACCGGAGCUGAAGGGAGACCUGCAGCUGCUGAGGAUGCGCGGCUCCAUGGACUCAAAACGUUUCUACAAAAAGAAUGACCGAGAUGGAUUCCCCAAAUACUUCCAGAUGGGAACUGUUGUGGACAACCCAGUGGACUUCUAUCAUUCCCGAAUCGCCAAGAAGGACCGCAAGAGGACCAUGGUGGAGGAGCUUCUGGCUGACGCUGAAUUCAGACAAAAAAACAAAAGGAAGUUCCAGACGAUCAUGGCAGAGAAGGCGGCGCAGACGGCUGGCAGGAGGCAUAAAAAAGGCAAAUUCCAAAAGAAAUAA